AUCUCGUAAGCUAUAAUUCAAAAGCUAUUAAAUUACUAUCACACUAAUCAGUCCCAGUGGUUUAAUUAAACAUACAUUGAACUGGCUCAAGGGAAUUAAUAUAUUACUCUAUUUAUACUUUGGUAAACGCCAAGAACUGCUUCAUUUAGAGCUUAGUGUCUAAACGCACAAGACAUGGAUUUGCAAUUAGAAAAGUUGUCUAGUGAUAGAAUAGAUGAAGACUUUAGUAGAGUUUUCAAUGGUUUUCACCUUUUACAAGGCCUAAUAGGGCGACUGAGUGUACAAAUUAAGUACGGAUUUGCCACUGGCCCAUCUCAGUGGUACUUUUUUUAUGCGAUCGCAAUUUUAACCACAUCCAUUCUAUGUUUAAUUGGUUUUACAGUAGAAUGUGAAAGUGCAAGUGGUUCCGUUUUGACAGACCAUUAUUUUAAGAUUGGGCACAUUUUAAAUAUGUGUCUUGUGUUAAAAACCUUUGUACGCGAUAUAAAAGGAAAUUCUAGCAGCGAAUUCUAUGUAAAGUUAAGUAAAAUAGACCAGAAUUUAAAUUUUAAAGACGGUAAACGAUGCAAUGAAAAGCUUGCAAAGUUUGUGAAGUAUUUUUCCACUGGCCUCUUGAUUUACGGAGUAACAUGGGCGAUCCUGUUUAACAUUUACUGCAUGAAAACAUUAUGUCCUUUCGCAUUGAUUGUUUUAUUGCCUGAAGUGGCAAGCAGCCUCGACAUAGUCAUACUUACCUUUACUAUUUACUUUAUUUCAAUUCGAGUCAAUUACAUAAACGAAACACUAGAGGCUAUCAAAAGCAAAACCCGAAAUGAAAUUAAAUCUUGUGAAAGACUUCUGUCAGAUAAGGAUUCAUGUUCUUUGGAUGCAAUACAAUGGAAUCAUUUAUUAAUGGGUAUGAGGAAUAUUUUGACUGUAAUGGCAGAUUUUGUGGAUUUACAUCAACAUCAGGUAUGUUAUAGAUUCAUCAUAUACACAUCCAAUAUCUUUACAUUGGCAAUGAUUUUUAAGGGUUUGUCUCUACUCAGAUAUUUUCAUUUACGUGUCAAACGCUGGUAUGGAUAAUGAUUAU